AUGGCAUCUCCUUGCCAACUCCUCGUGUUCGGGGACCUUAACUACGACUUCGUACCCGGCUUAGGAGUCCUCUGUGGAUUAGACGAUAAUGCACUACUCACUUCGUUCAUUGAGAGGACUGCAUUUGCAUUGCGUGCUCAGAUUAGCAGUCUCCCUUUAGCAAAACGGGCUGCAUUCCCUAAAUUCACUACUCUGCGUGAGCUCCUCGCCAAGGUACGAACUACCAAUGUUGUCCAUCCGGCUCUCCAGAAGGCCCUCAUUUUGGUGGUGCAGUUUGGCUCCUUUAUAAGGCGUUUCACCCAACCAGGACGGGUAUACCCUACCAAUGCUGACACCCGCUUGACUGGGCUAUGCACUGGUCUUCUGACAGCGGUUACAAUCAGUUGCUGCUCAUCCCUGUCAGAUUUGAUCCCUUCGGCAGUUGAUUCAGUGGUGCUAGCUUUCCGAGCUGGUCUACUUGUUGAGGAAGUCCGCGUGAGGAUCGAACCAUCGGUCAGCAAAGCAGGUAGUUGGUCUGUGGUCAUUCCUGGAUUGAAAGAAGAUGUCGCCCUUGAGGCGUUGGAGAAGUAUAUCCUAGAUAAGGUACUAUCCGAUAAUAUGCCUAGCCAGAGCAAAGGAGAUCUGAAAUCGGCUGACAAAAUUGAAUUCCAGGGUAUACCGGUGGCGUCCAGCCCGUAUGUGAGUGCGUACGCUCGCAGUGGAGUGACUCUCUCUGGACCAUCUUCUGUGCUGGAUGAUAUUCUCUCGUCAGGAUAUUUGACGCGUUCGUCUGGGCUCAAGACGCAAAUAUACACCCCCUUUCAUGCCCCGCAUCUCUAUGAUGAGUCCAAUGUCGAGGAAAUCUUACAAACUAUCUCCUCGGACCGCACCGAGUCCCAGUUUUGCCGAAUUGCUGUUCAGACUAGCCGAGGUCAGACAUCUCCUGGCUCUGAUAGUCCAGUAACAUUGGCCUCUUUGCUGCGAGUUGCUCUAGAAGAGAUUCUCCUACAGCCCCUUCGUCUUGACACUAUCUCGGAAGGUGUGGCAGAGGAGAUGGUCAACAGAGGAACGGGAACAUGCACAAUUGUGCCUGUUGCCACUCCAACCGCCCAGACCUUUUUGAACGUCAUGAAAAUGGCCGGCAUCGAGGAUGCUACAAUCGAUGGCCUCAUGAAUGGGCUAAAUAUUCCAGAGAUCUCCAUGGUGUCCGAAAGUGGGCAUAUGGGGAACUCUAAACUCGCCAUUGUGGGCUACUCGGGUCGAUACCCCGAUGCCAACAACAACGAAGCCUUCUGGCAGCUCCUCGAGGAAGCGCGCGACGUGGCCAGCAUCACACCCAAGCAGCGAUGGGACGUCAAUACGCACGUUGAUCCCACGCUCAAGAAGAAAAAUACCAGCGGCACGCCCUAUGGAUGUUGGUUGACUGACCCCGGCCUAUUCGACGCCAAGUUCUUUGGGAUGAGCCCCCGCGAAGCACCUCAGGUUGAUCCCGCCCAGCGUUUAAGUCUGAUGACUGCGUAUGAGGCGAUGGAAAACGCAGGUAUGGUACCUGAUGCAACGCCUUCAACCCAGCGUGACCGGGUUGGUGUGUUUGUCGGGACCACCAGUAACGACUGGGGUGAGACCAACAGUUCCCAAGAUGUCGAUACCUACUACAUCCCAGGAUCAUGCCGUGCUUUCAUUCCAGGUCGACAAAACUACUUCUACAAGUUCAGCGGUCCCAGCUAUAGUGUCGACACGGCGUGUUCGUCUAGUUUGGCAGCCAUGCAUCUCGCGUGCAAUGCGCUGUGGCGUGGGGAUAUUGAUACUGCUAUUAGCGGCGGGACAAAUGUCAUGACCAACCCUGAUAUCACGGCUGGUCUCGAUCGCGGGUAUUUCCUUUCGCGAACUGGGAACUGCAAGACCUUUGACGAUGAUGCCGAUGGAUAUUGCCGGGGCGAAGGCGUCGUUAGUAUGGUUAUCAAGCGUCUGGAAGAUGCAAUCGCCGACAAUGAUCCCAUCCGUGCCGUCAUACUGGGUGCAUAUACCAACCACUCAGCCGAGGCCGAGAGCAUCACACGGCCACAUGUGGGGGCCCAGAAAGCCAUUUUUGAGCGCGUAUUGACCACAGCUUCAGUUGAUCCAGCGACGAUCAGCUACAUCGAGAUGCACGGCACUGGCACCCAGGCUGGCGACGCCCGUGAAAUGGACUCCGUGCUUUCCACAUUUGCUAACCAGCCUCGCGAGAAUCCGAUACAUCUCGGAUCGGUGAAGGCCAAUGUCGGUCAUGGCGAGUCAGUCUCUGGCGUCAUUGCCUUGACAAAGGUCUUGAUGAUGAUGGAAAAAAAUGUGAUCCCGCCACACAGUGGCAUCAAGACUAAGAUCAACCACAAGUUCCCUACCGAUUUGGAGAAGCGGAAUGUCUUCAUUGCCGAUAAGCUCACUCCCUGGGUACGCAGCGAUGAUCAGCCUCGACGCGCCAUGGUGAAUAAUUUCUCGGCUGCAGGAGGGAAUAGCUCCAUCUUGGUGGAAGAUGGACCUACGCGGACCAAGUCAAAACGUGCUGAGGAUGAUCCCCGAUCAUUCCAUCCUGUUGCUGUGUCGGCAAAGACUCAGAAAGCUCUUCUUGCUGGCAUUCGGGAUCUCAUCUCCUACAUCGAUCGCGAGAGCCCCUCUCUCCCAAGCUUGAGCUACACCACGACCGCUAGAAGAACACACCAUCGCUAUCGGGUGAUGGUUAGCGGUAACAGCCUGGAGGAGAUUUCUGCUCAGCUUCAGAAAUGCCUCGUUGCACCUGAAGACCGGCUGAGACCAAAGGUUGCCUCGUCGGUAGUCUUUGCCUUCACAGGGCAAGGGGCGCAGUACCCAGGCAUGGCUCGAGAACUACUUGCCAUUCGACCUUUCCGCAGCGAUAUGGAACAGUUCGAUCGCAUCGUACAGAAGCAAGGCUUCCCACCGAUCAUGCCUCUCAUCACCGCCACCACCGGAGAGAUAACCGACUACGAGCCCCUAGUCGUGCAACUGGCAACUACCUGUUCCCAGAUGGCAAUGGCUAGGCUCUGGCGCUCCUGGGGAAUUGCGCCAGCUGCAGUUGUUGGCCACAGCCUAGGCGAGUAUGCAGCCUUGAACGUCGCCGGUGUUUUGUCGGAUGUGGACACCAUAUUUUUGACCGGCAAGCGGGCACAACUUCUUCAGGAAAAAUGCACCCGUGAUACACAUAGCAUGCUUGCAGUUAGCAUUUCUGUGGAAGAUGCCAAUACUCUACUGGCAGGUCUAGAGGUCGAGAUUGCCUGCAAAAAUGCUCCAACUGAGACAGUUCUGAGCGGGACGAGCGUCGCAAUAGAUCAAGCUGAGAAAGUACUCAACGAUGCGGGGAUCAAGAAGAUGACCCGCCUUCGCGUUCCUUAUGCGUUCCAUUCGACACAGGUCGACGCAAUUUUGGAUGAAUUUGAAACAGUGGCCGCUGGUGUGCAAUUCCACAAGCCCCAGAUUCCUCUGGUGAGCCCCUUGCUUAGUCACGCUAUCAAGACAGAAGGCAUCAUCAAUCCGCGCUACCUUGCGCGUCACGCUCGUGAUGCCGUUGACUUUUCGGGGGCUCUUCAAGAUGCCAAGCUAAACAAACUAAUCACUGAGAAAUCAGUUUGGAUCGAGAUUGGCCCCCAUCCUGUAGUCGUCGGUUUGGUCAAGGCCAACCUGGGUCCUGUUGUCGUCCUACCUACUCUUCAACGCAAGAGAGAUGCAUGGAAGGUCCUGACUAACACAACCACUGCGCUCUACGAAUCCGGUUACGCCAUUCAAUGGGGUGAGUAUCAUCGAGACUUCACCAAGUUCUUGGAAGUGCUUCGUCUACCGAACUACAAUUGGGAUCUCCAAAAUUACUGGAUGCAGUAUGUCAACGACUGGUCGCUGUACAAGGGCGAUGCUGCUUUCUUGUCAGGAGCCAGAGCACCUCCAUUGUCUACGACAUGUGUGCAUCGCCUGGUUGAGGAGAAGCAUGACAGUGCUGAGAUCACGGUCGUUGGUGAAUCAGAUCUCCUGCGAGAUGAUCUUGACCCCUUUGUGCGCGGACAUCGUGUCAAUGGUGUAGCACUGUGUACGCCCUCGGUCUAUGCUGAAAUGGCAUUGGUUCUUGGUGACUACAUUCGGAUCUCAACCCCCAAAUGGGCUGAAUGCUUGGUUGAUGUUCAACACAUGGACGUGCAAAGGCCACUCGCAGUCAAGAGUAAAGGAAAAGGCCCUCAGCUUCUCCGCUGUAGGGUUACUCUCGAUGUCGCGACCGAGAAGGCAGCGGUGCAGUUUUACAGUGUCACUCCCGAGGGCAAAACUCUGGUUAAACAUGCGGAAUGUUCAAUCACAUUCCCUUCUGCUGCCGAGGCCGAAGCUGAAACUCAGGCCGCUGCUGGGGAAAUACUGAAGCAUAUGAUUGCACUUCGCCGCAGCAUCGAGGACAAUGACCGAGUGCAAAAGAUGGCUGGUAGUACUGGCUACCAACUCGUUUCCUCCUUGGCAUCCUAUGAUCCUGACUACAAGGGAGUCACCGAGGUAGUAAUGGAUAGCGAGAACCUCGAAGCUGUCGCCAAAGUCAAGUGCAGCAACACCAGUGUCACUGACACGAAGGCCGCUGGUAUAUAUAAGGUUAAUCCUUAUCUGAUUGACAAUUUUGGACAGCCCGCACUCUUCAUCAUGAAUGCCAAUGACGGAGCAGACCUUGAGAAAGAGGUGUUUGUCAAUCACGGAUGGACCUCGCUUCACUUCUACAAAGAGGUGUCGGUCGAGAAGGUUUACCACUCUUACGUCAAGAUGACUGGUCCUAAGGAGGACGGAAUGUACAGUGGUGACAUGACUGUGUUCGAAGGUGAUGAAGUAGUUGCCUGCUUCCGCGGUAUCAAGGCACAGGGUGUCCCACGCAGACUAAUGGAUUACAUUGUUCGCAUGAGAGACGAUACGCAAGUCGGCUUGCCCGGGGCUACCAACACUCUGCGACCUGCUAAUGGCACCGCCGAAACCAGGGCCGCUGAAACCGCAGUCGAGUCCCAGGAUUUCCUCGUCGAAGAUACCACCAGCCUUUCAUCUUGGCCUGCUGCCCUCAAGAUUGUAUCUGAGGAGAGCGGCGUCCCAGUGGAUGACUUGACAGACGACAAGGCCUUUGCUGAUCUGGGGGUGGACUCGCUUCUUUCUCUCCUGUGCGCCAGUCGAUUCAGAGAGGAGCUGGGCCUCGCUCACGAAUCUACUAUCUUCGAGGAAUACUCCACAGUCAUGGAGCUUCGCCAGUUCUGGGAACAGGGUGCAACAUCCACAGGGGAUUCGUCCGCUGUGACGGGCAAAGAUGCCAUUCUAGACUCCAUGUUCCACCACGACAAUGUCCAGGAAAGCUCAUCUUCACCUAGUACGCCAUCCGAAUCAGGCUCUUCAACCGACGAGGGAAACAUUCCCACUCCGUCAACUUCAAGUGAACUGUCGGUGUGCCCCGGCAAUCCAAAGGCCAAAGCCAGCUCUCUCUUGUUGCAAGGGAACCCUGCUUCGUCUAACACCAGCAAAACGCUUUUCCUUCUCCCUGAUGGCUCCGGAUCAGCUUCGUCAUAUGCAUCUCUCCCGAUUAUUGAUCCAUCACUUGCAGUUGUUGCUCUCAACUGCCCAUACAUGAAGGGGCCAUCAUCGUAUCCAGUCGGCAUCGACCACGUCGCUAGCCUCUACAUCAAGGAGAUCCAGCGUCGUCAACCAUGCGGUCCCUAUGCCCUUGGUGGCUGGUCAGUCGGGGGUAUUUUUGCUUAUCACUGCGCCCAGCUGCUAGCUGCGGAGGGUGAGGUUGUCUCCGAUCUCGUCUUACUCGACUGUCCAGUUCCGCGUGGCUUGGAUCAUCUCCCGAAGAGAUACUUCGAGUAUUGCGACAAAAUCGGUCUUCUCGGAGUCGUCCAUUCCAAGACCGGUGAGCGCAAAGCUCCGCCUCCGUGGUUGAUCCCACACUUUGAGGCCUGUAUCAACAGUCUCCACGAUUACCACGCUUCUCCGUUCGAGCCAGAGCAUUCAGCACCCACCACACAUAUCAUUUGGGCUUGUGAUUCAAUUGAUGCUCACUUGGACACCAAGUUCGAACAUCGUGACGAUGAUCCAGAAGGACUCAAAUUUUUGACAGUGGCUCGACAGGACUACGGACCCUGUGGAUGGGAGACUUUGUUACCCAGGACAAACAUGCGCUUUGCACGGGUUAGUCGUGCCAAUCACUUCUCCAUGAUGCAGGGAGAGUUGGCAAGAAACUUGAGUGAGAUCAUGAAGCAUGCUCUUAUGGGAUAG